GCACAGGCCCGGCAGACGAAAUGGUAUGACCAGAAGCAUAUGAAAGCUCCAGAACCUAAAGAUUUGGAUAAGGUGAUGAUGGACCGACGCAAUAUGGUUGCCGAUCGACCCUCAAGCAAGCUUGACUACAAGAAACUAUGUCUCUUUGAGGUUGAUGAGAAAGUUGUUGUUGCGUUCUACAGGCUGAAGCUUCCCUCUCAAUGGAACAUUCAUGAUGACUUCCAAAUAUUUCUGCUGGAGUCCUAUCGGGGACUGAAAUACCCUCGACGCACUGAAGUCCCUCCUACUCCAGAUGAGGUCGAAGGAGAAUACAGUCACGUUCUCCGAGAAAUAGCUCAUAGCCGAUGGCAACAUGCUAGGCAUUAG